GGACGGUGCCUUGGAACUAUAUUUAUUGUUAGAAACGGUUAUAUCUGACUAUAUUUACUCAAGAUCUGGUUAGUGUAAAGUAUAUUUAUCAUCAAAGAUGUAUAUCUUCUCGUUAGGAACGAGUAUUUGGAUUAAAUUUCACCUGAAGUUCUAUAUUUCACUUGAGGGAUAAUUUAUAUCGUCUGGGACAGUGUAUUUGUAUUAUACAUGGUAUUCUUGUUUGAACAGAAUAUUGGAGUAUAGAUAUUGUCGAGGACGGUGAGUUUGGACUAUAUUUAUUGUCAGGGAAUUUAAGUUGUUAAUUUUAUUCAGGAAAAUAUUUUCUGGGUACAUUUGUGUUAUAACUUUAUAACUCAUACUGCAUGAUCAACAGUAAUGUCUGUGCGAUCGUGUCCGACAGCACUUCAGAAGGAACCAACUGAGGUUAACCCAGCCAGGUCCGAGCCUGGACAAUGAUGCAUUGAAGGAACAUGGAGAGGUGUUUGGUUAGAAAAAGAAGAAAUGGAAAAGGAGAAGAUAAAUGCUUUGUUUAAGACUCGUAUACACUUAAUUACGGUGGCCCACAAGGGCAACGUCAUUAAUAAAUCAGAUAUCAAAUUCAAAUUCCUUACUUCAAAUUCAAAUUCAUCACUCCAAAUUCAAAUUCAUCACUCCAAAUUCAAAUUUCUCACUCCAAAUUCAAAUUUCUCACUCCAAAUUCAAAUUCCUCACUCCAAAUUCAAAUUUCUCACUCCAAAUUCAAAUUUCUCACUCCAAAUUCAAAUUUCUCACUCCAAAUUCAAAUUUCUCACUCCAAAUUCAAAUUUCUCACUCCAAAUUCAAAUUUCUCACUCCAAAUUCAAAUUUCUCACUCCAAAUUCAAAUUCGUCAUUGGUCAGCGGUAACAAUCUCAAAUAAACUUUAAUACUUCAUUUACACACGGCUAAUAGAAAUUUACUGCAAGUAAAAAAAACAUGGCAUCCACUUGCGAGGAAUGUCAUCAAAGUGUGGAGUUAUACGACAAUUUCUGCUGCCACUGUGGCGUGAAACUUCCUAAUGAAGAACUUCAAAUAAAGUAUUAUUUUUCACAAGGUUACGAGUAUAGUGUAAUACUGGAAUUUUUACGUAGAUUUCACGGUGUUACAAUGUGUUUACGAACUCUAAAAAAAACGUCUGAAGACCCUAGGUUUGGAAAGAAAAUCAACAGAGUUUGACGAAGAUCAAGUAAGAGCCAGGAUACAGCGAGAGAUUGAUGGACCUGGUUGCUUGGCAGGCUACAGAAGCAUGUGGCACACGCUUCGCUGUGAAGGUUUUAUGAUCCCAAGGAGUAAAGUGGCGAGCAUACUCAGAGAGUUAGAUCCUGAUGGUUGCGAAGAAAGGCGCACACAUCGACUUAAACGACGUUUGUACAUUAACCCAGGACCUAAUUUUUGUUGGCACCUUGAUGGAUACGACAAACUUAAGUUGUUUGGCUUCCCAAUCCAUGGUUGCAUCGAUGGGUUCAGCCGCAAAAUGAUCUGGUUAAAGCUUUCAAGAUCAAAUAACAAUCCAGAAGUAAUACUGAAAUUUUACCUUGAUUCAGUAAGAGAAUUUGGUGGUUGUCCCAAAAAAGUACGAACCGACUAUGGUACAGAGAAUGGUUUAGUAGCAGCUGCACAGUGCUGGUUUACAGAUGAUAUAGGUUCUCACAUUUAUGGAACCUCACAACACAACCAGAGAAUUGAGGCAUGGUGGUCCUUCUUUAGGCGCAGCAGAAUGACGUGGUGGAUAAAUUUUUUCAAAGAUUUGUUCGAACGUUCUAUAUGCACUACUGGAGAUGAGAUUAAAAUGGAAUGCUUAUGGUUUUGCUUUGCUAAUAUUAUUCAGCAAGAUUUAGAGCAUGUCAAGAACCUCUGGAAUUCACAUUACAUCCGUAGUUCCCGAUAUGAAUCUGUUUCGGGUCGACCUAAUGAAUUAUUCUUUUUGCCUGAAAUACAUGUUGCGGAGAAUUACCUACAGCCUGUAAGUGAAAUUCAGUGUCAGCAUGUGGAAGAAAACCAUGUUAUUGAAGAAGAAGCAAAUGAUUACCAAGAGUACUUUGCUUAUGUUAUGGAGCAAUGUGAUCUGGGUGAGCCUCAAAAUUGGAGAGAAUCUUUGAAUCUGUAUAAUCAACUUCUAUUUCAUUUUGAUGGGUAA